AUUAGAUGAUAUAUGUGGUGUUGUAAUGGCGGCCGAGGCGAGGCAGGUCUUUCCCUUUAGUGACGGUGUGUGAGGCGGACGCUCCCGGCUGCCUCGUCCGUGUUUCUUCGUCUGCGUCUCCUAGGCCCUGAACACGGCCCUAACAGCCUGCCGAGAUGGUGAACCAUAGAGUACAGCUGGUGCAGAGUAAACGGUACUCCACCCCUAGGAGGCCGUUUGAGAAGCCUCGACUCGAUCAGGAACUCAAGCUAGUUGGUGAAUAUGGACUUCGUAACAAGAGAGAACUUUGGAUUGUGAAGAUGUUCCUUGCAAAGAUUCGUAAGGCUGCCCGUGAACUGCUGACCUUGGACGAGAAGGAUGCUAGACGACUUUUCCAGGGUAAUGCUCUGCUGCGUCGUUUGGUAAGAACAGGUGUCCUAGAAGAGGGUCGCAUGAAGCUUGAUUACGUUUUGGGUCUGAAGCCAGAAGAUUUCCUUGAACGUCGUCUACAGACUCAAGUAUUCAAGCUGGGUCUGGCCAAGUCCAUUCACCAUGCUCGUGUACUCAUCAAACAAGGACAUAUCAGGGUGCGUAAACAAGUUGUGAAUGUGCCAUCCUUCAUUGUGCGACUAGAUUCUCAGAAGCACAUCGACUUCUCGCUCAAGAGUCCAUUUGGUGGUGGACGGUAUGGUCGUGUGAAGAGGAAGAACAUGCGCAAGGGUGGCAGCAAGGCUGAAGAGGGCAGUGGUGAUGACGAGUAGUGUCAUUGAUUAAUGCUUUUCAAUAAAACAAAGCUAAUUAA